AUUAUAAACAAUGAUUAAAGCAGGAAAAUUAUAAUAGAAACGAACAUUCAAUAUGUAAAGGCCACAUUUUGAAGUAGUGUUUGUUAAAUCUAUAUCAAAAAUGUUUUGGGUUUCAUUGAUCCUACAAGUUUGGAUGGUAGACAGCUUCUUCCACGAAGCAUCAAUGAAGACUUUUGAAGCAAAAGAAUCUGUAGCAAAUAAUGCAUUAUUUGGCUAUAGUAUUUCGUACGAGUCAUCAAACAAACGACUAAUAGCUGGUGCACCAAAAGGAGAUGUUAUGGGACAAGUAUACACAAUCGAAAUCGGAUCGGAAAGUACUCAAAGAAUUAAGUUUGAAUAUUUGGAAGCCAACCUUCGUUUCGCAAAUAAAACAAGAACACAAAGCUGGCUCGGUACUUCAGUCGCUGCAUCAGAUGAUUUCUUUGUUACUUGUGCUCCACGAUACACUGAAGAUAAAAAGAUCAGAUACCACAGAAAUGAUAAAAGGUUUGUUAAUUAUGGUGUUUGUGGCAUAGAAGAUAAGAAUUCUUCUUUAACAUUCUUAAAGCCAAUGACGACUAAAGACAGACAACGUAAUGCAACUGAACUUAUAGAAAGGGCAAUGGACAACUUUGGGUGGAGCAUAAAAGUUAUGAAACCUGAUGGUAUCGUGCUUAUAGGAGGACCAUCUCAAAUUGCAGGUCGAGUCAUAGUUUAUGAACAAGCGAAAAAAUACCCGAAUAAACCACCCAUUUUAAUUAAUAAGAACAUCCUGCUGAAUGACCCUGUACGUUUUAAUUUUGGUUACAGCAUAACUUAUGGUAAUUUUUUUGGUGAUAAAUCGGUGGAAUACGCUGUAAGCACCACUUAUGGAGAUGUGGGAUUUCCAAAGGUUUAUAUUUUUAACUCAAAAUAUGCCCACAUAAAUACCCUAGUACACGAUGAAAUUGGUACUUUAUUUGGAGGUUGCCUAUGCACUGUUCGGUUGUCAGCUGAUUAUGAUUCUCUGUUAAUUGGUGCUCCGUUGUAUGCGAGAACGGCCUAUGAAAGUGACACUGGCGCUGUUUAUGUAUUUCAACCGAAUUCUGACACUUCUCCUACAUUCACUCUUAAGAAGAUUAUAAAAGCCAAAACCCCAGGUGGGCAUUUUGGUUUAUCGAUUGCUAAUCUUGGCGAUAUGGACGGUGACGGCAGAGAUGAAGUUGCGAUAGCAGCACCAUAUGAGAACGACGGGGCUGUGUACAUUUACACCGGCAAAGCUUUAGUUAGCGAACCGGAAAAAUACAUGAUGAAAAUCAAGCCAGAAGGUUUCCAGACUUUUGGGUUAAGUCUAGCCACAUUAUGGGAUUAUGAUGAUAAUGGAAGUAAUGGUCUAGCCAUUGGUGCACCAGAGAGUAAUAAGAUAGCAAUAUUAAGAUCCUUUGCAUCAGUAACUGUAAAUCUAAGAACAGAGUUCCCUAUUUUACAGUUUGACAGUCACAAGAGCGAUGAGAAUAUAUCCUUUAAAGUGAUUUUAUCAGUUGUUUAUCCUAAAAAGGCGAAAAAUGUAACGGCCGAUAUCAAAGUGACAGCCGAAUUAACGGAUGGAAAAUCGAAAUUUGUGAACAAUCCUGAAAUGGGUAUAUAUACAUAUACUCAAUCGUUAAAUGACAAAUUGUCGUCAUACAAUCACAGUAUUCCCGUGAAAGUCGUUAUUCCGAGAAAGGAUGUUUUCCAAGUGAUAUCAUAUAAAAUAACCGUGGAAUUAAUGGAAGAUCCAAUGAAAAUACCAUUUGAUCCCAGCCGUGUCCUAUUGAGCGAGAGCAGCACCUUAUUCGAGCAAGACACAAAGACGAGUUCUCGUUGUACCGGGGCGAGAUGUAUGCCUAAUCUCGAACCCACACUGACGACAUCAUUAAUGGACAAAUAUAUAAUAGGUUCAACAGAAAGAGAAUAUUUUAAUAUAUCUGUAUUCAACUCUGGUGACAAUGCAUACGCUCCUUGUAUAAAGGUAGAAGCACGCGGAGUACGAAUUCUGAAGGCAUCAAAAGACUGUGUUUUGGGCUUGAAUGAGGAAUUUAUUUGUAGUCCUACAAUUGCUGUUUUGAAGGGACAUACUUGGAAUAUUCCCAAUAUGGAGAUGGAAAUGAAUACUUUAAAAAGUGAGGAUUAUAACAUUUUCAUUAAAUACGACCUAUAUUCUCAUUGUGAUGACACUACAGAUAGAAAGACAUUUGAAAAUCCUAUAAAAUUGUAUCCUGAUUUAAAUUUUGAGAUAAAAGGACAAUCAAAUCCAAGUGAUAUUAUAAAUACUACUGUAAACGAACUCAAAGAUUUUCAGAAACAAAUUAAACACGUCUAUACGAUAACCAACGAUGGAGUUACCAACUGGGUAGACUUGCAGUUCCAAAUUAGUUUCAAUCAUUCGGAUCAUAUCAAUGUUUUUAAUAGUUCAGCUUUGGUGUAUCCGGAAUCAGGUGCAAUACAAUGUGCGAUGAAGAAUGUUUCUGAAGUUAUUUUUGCCUGCACUUUCUCCUUAAAUCGUAAACAAAAAGCACAAAUACAUAUUUCUAUAGAGUUACUCAAGGAUUCUUUCGGCACGGAUGAUGAAGACUCUACAGCUGAGAUUGUAACUAAUUUGUACUUAGUGAACUUCGCAAAGUAUAAUGUCGCAUCCGACACGUUUCUAAGUUUAAGUACAAGUCUUCAUAUAAGUUCAACUCGCGUAGCGCUAUGGAUAAUAAUACUAUCAUCAUUGCUUGGUCUUCUUCUACUCAUAAUAAUAGCAUUUAUUAUGUAUAAGUGCGGUUUCUUCCGGAGAAAUAAUCGAGAAAAGUUAGAAGGUCUGAAGGAAAGCGUUCAUCGGCAGAGCGUUUACCGCAAAUCAAUGCGCGCAAGUAUGCUUGCAGCAGCCAAGUCCAACGCGGAAGAGAAUUCCGAACUUAUACUUAAUGACGAAGAUUUACAAAGUGAAUAA